CCUGAAUGAUCCUACUAAACGUGUUGUGGCAUACGGGAAAGUCUUUAGGCCUGGUGGAAUGCUCCACAAUAUACCACUAUCUCAUGAUAAUGUGCGUGUUGUUGUUGAAAAAAUCGUUGUUCCUGGUGCACAUGUACCUUACCCGAAUGAUGAGGUUCAAACAGUAGAUGAUGCUCUUUCUCAAUUUAUUGCUUGGCCAAGGCAGUUAGUAGAAUUGGGAACUGAGAUUGAGGUACAACAACGACGAAGAUCAAAAGGAAAAUUGUUGAACCCGUUGUCCCCGGAUCCUAGCUGCCCUUCAUCCGUGGAUGUAAGUGGCAUGUCUAGAGAGUUUCAUAUGGUUAAGACAUUGGCAAUUGGAUUAGCUGCCGAUGAGUUCAUUGAUAUAAAUAUGGAUGUUGACAUUGUUGGUAAACAAUAUGGAUUCCAUAUUUAUCGGGAGGAGAUCGUGUGAUUUCUUAAGAUGGAAACUCUUGAUAUAAGUGCAAUGAUGUUAUUUUGCAUAUAUCUUCAUCAACACUUUGACUUGAAAGCAAGUAACAAGUUUGGUCUCUUAUGCCCAAACAUGGUUCAACAUAAGACAACUUAUGAAGACAAAUGUGAA